AUGAAUAUGUCGAAUUUCAAGACAUCCCUAAUGAACUUGACGGUUCGACCUUCAAUUCGCGUCCUAGUUCGGCGGACACGCAGCACAAUUAUCCGAACAGUGAAUAAAUAUAGCCGAAAUCCACCGGAUCGUGGUGUUGUGUGCACAGUAAAGUGCAGAGACUGUGGCAAUUUUAUUGGACGUUCAAACUUUGAUUUUCUAAAGCGGCGACAAAAAUUGAAUUCAUUUAAUUGCGAGCAUGUGGCAUGCGGCAUUUUUGCUGCUGCGAUAAGUUUAAUUUUGGGAUAUGGAUUAUUUCUGGUGCGACGCUAUAAUCAGACGUUCUCUUAUGGAUCGGGAGGCUGCCAAGUGAACUUUCUGUGGCCCUUGCAUGAUUGCCAAGUUCAGAUUUAGGAUAAGCCAAAUGGAUUUCAUUUCAACAACAUUGUUAAAUAUUU